UCUCGGUCACUUCUGAUGCCACCCCGUCGAGUGGCGAUGGUCUGGUUUUCAAGCACUCCCCGACACUGACGCCUCACUUAGCCCGCCCCCCUGAGUAGCACUGACGCUUCACGCUGAUUGCUCGAAGGCUGAGGGACGCGACAUUUGAAUUUAGACUGGUUUUCUCCUCGAUUUGGCUGCUUAUAAAGUGAACUUUGCCACUUUUCUCGGAGCUUCCCCGUGCACACCCUGGCAAGUUGAAGAGCCACAGCGACGACACGAGUUCAAAGGACAAAAAAGCAAACAACCAAGUGAAUAAAAAGAAGACACGCGCACUGAACUGAAAGCCAAACAAAUUUUCAGCCAUGCGCCACAACUCCUCGUCCAGCCGAAGAAAAGGCGGCAAUCCACGCCGCCGUCCUCCGCAGCCACUGCCUGGGCCAUCCCCCGGUGUGCAAUGCACAUCCUCUGCGGCAUCCCCCAGACGGCGCCACCCGCCACAGUCACCGCAGAGGGCAUCCCCCAGAGGGCGCCGCCCGCCGCAGUCACGGCAGCCGGGCCCAUCUGGGAAUACUCAGCCACCUGCGCCGCCGCCCCCGUUGCCCACGCCGCCCAGGAGGCGAAGGUACCGGCCAGGGACCAAGGCCCUAAUGGAGAUCCGCAAGUUCCAGAAGAGCACAGAGCUCCUCAUCAGGAAAGCGCCCUUCUCUCGCCUGGUCCGUGAGGUGUGCCAGUCAUAUGGCAGAAGUGCCCUCAGAUGGGAGGUCUUCGCCCUGAUGGCGCUUCAGGAGGCGGCUGAGGCUUUAUUGGUGUUGCUGUUAUCUGAUGCCAACCUGUGCGCCAUCCACGCCAAGCGGGUCACCAUUUUUCCCCGCGACCUCCAGCUGGCCCGACGGAUCCGCGGGCAAGAUUUCUGAUUAAGAUGAUAGCCGCGUGGUGACUCAAACGUUUCACAGUGGCCACUCGACACAACCCAACCUUUAUAGUAGAAAUUGACUUAAAUACUGUUGUUUGCAGUGUUUGUGUUUUAUAUAUAGUGAAGUGUUUGUGUUUUAUAUCUAAAGUUAUGUGACGAGUGGAUAAUUUCUUGGCCCUGCCCACUUCUUCACCAGGCAGCCGAUUAUGUGAGUGCUAAGCUUCACUCUGUGGUGUCAUCCACGCGCGUCACCGUUUUUCCCCGCGACAUCCAGCUGGCCUGAUGUACCCGCGGGCAAGAUUUCUGAUUAAGAUGAUAGGCCCGUGGUGACUCUAACGUUUCACGGUUACCACUCGACUCAACCCAACCUGUAUCCUCUUCCAUUACUGUUUGCAGUGUUUGUGUUUUAUCGAUAGUGCAGUGUUUCUGUUCUGUAUAUAAAGUUAUGUGAUGUGUGUUCAUCGUAAGACAAAGUAUUUUCAUUAAAAUACAAAUAUUUCUAAAAAACAAAAUAUUUUUGGUACUAUUGAGAGCUUACCUGAGUACAUUUUUUUACAUCAGAAAAAUAAACAUUUCAAUAUUA